CUGGGUUUCAAGUCUGCGGGGGAGUCGACGACCUAUACACCAUCACCGCCACCAGGAACGAGCUAAACACCUUGGAAUAAAGCAGACAUGGCGCAGACUAACGGCACCUACGACCCCAAAUUUGAGGGUGUCUUUGCGAAGUUCAAGGAGUCCCUCGAGUCCGGGCAGGAGGUGGGGGCCUCACUCACAGUCACCAUCGACGGCAAGGAUGUUGUAAACCUGUGGGGGGGCUUCACAUCCGCCGAAAAGACCCAGCCGUGGAAGGAAGACACCAUCGUCAACGUCUUCUCGACCACGAAGACCAUCUCCGCGCUCGCCGUGCUGAUGCUCAUCAACGACGGCCAGCUGUCCGCAAACGACAAGGUCGCCAAGUACUGGCCCGAGUUCGCCGCCAACGGCAAGCAGGACGUCGAGGUCCGGCACCUGCUGGCGCACUCGUCAGGGCUCGCGGUCUUCGACGAGCCCACGACGCAGGCGCAGCUGUGCGACGUCGCCUUCGCCACGGCGCGGCUCGCGGGCCAGGCGCCCCGGUGGGAGCCCGGCACGGCGUCCGGGUACCACGCCAUGACGUACGGGUUCCUGCUGGGCGAGGUGGUGCGCCGCGUGACGGGGCUGAGCCUGACCGAGUUCGUGGCGCAGCGGAUCGCGGGCCCCCUGGGCGCCGACUUCCAGAUCGGGGCCAGGGAGGAGGACUGGCCGCGCGUCGCGGAGCUGAUCCCGCCGCCGGGGCUCCCGCUGACGGCGAUGGAGGGCCUCGACCCGGACUCCCUGGCGGCCAAGAUGAUGAACCCGGCGUUCGAUGCCACGUUCGCGCACACGCCGCUCUGGCGGCGGGCCGAGAUCGGCGCCGCCAACGGGCACACCAACGCGCAGGCGCUCGCGCGCAUCUGGUCCAAGGCGCUCACGGUGUCGGACGAGGGCAAGAGGGUGCUGUCCAAGGACACGGUCGACCUCAUCUUCACGGAGCAGACGUACGGGACGGACCUGUCCUUCGGGAUGCCCUGCCGCUACGGGGUCGGCAUGGGCAUCAGGGGCAACGGGGACGCCCUCGUCGACUCGUGGGUCCCCGAGGGCCGGGUCUGCUUCUGGGGGGGCUGGGGCGGCUCGCUGGUCAUCAACGACGUGGACCGGAACAUGACGAUCGCGUAUGCGAUGAACAAGAUGGAGCAGGAGAUCGCGGGGAACACAUCGAUCAGGGCCUACGUUGGGGAGAUCUACAAAGCUCUCGGGAUUCCUGUCGGUGCCAAGUUGUGA